AUGCCUCAUCUGGCCCUUGGUCUAUGCACUCUGGAAGAACUGUCCAUGCCCGCAGCAGGGAGCUGGCCCCGGGCCCCUCAGGCCCUUGGUAGUCCCCUCCAUGCACAAGAAGCAGUGUCCCCACAGAUCUUCCUGGGAGCUGGAUGCGCUGUCCUCUUCUCCAGCCUCCUCCUGUGUUGUGGUUUCUGUUGGCGCUGGAGACAACCACAGAUCAACCUGCCCACCCCAGCCGCGGUUCUGGCCCUGAAAGCUGUGGCCCCUAGAGAGCCUCUGGCUGUGUCUGUCCAGCCUCAAUACCAGUCCCUCCAGACCUGGGAGCCCCCUUCCCAGAGCCCCAUGGCCCAGAUCUCUCCCUCUCCGCAACCCCCUGAACCUCCUAAUUUCCCAUCCACAUUCAAGAAGAAGAGGAGAAGGACCAUCACCAAAGGCAGCUCCCUGGGGUGGCUCAGCUCCCCUUGGGCCUCCCACAGCCUCCCUGGUCACCCCCAGCCUCAUCUCAGCUUCUCCCUGGGCUAUUCACCAGUGGAGGAGGAACUGAUCGUGACAGACAUCCGAGCUUCAGAGCUACCCCAGGGUUCCCUGUCUGGCCGAGGAUGCUAUGUCAAGCUGCACCUGGUCCCAAGCAGGACUGGGCACCAAAAAACAGCCCUGCAGCCUCCCGGCCCCACCGUGGAGUUCCAUGAGAGGUUCAGCUUCCAAGGCUGCACCCCACAGAUUGUGAGGGCACAGGCUCUGCGGAUGGCUGUCUACAGCCGGAACUUCCCCGGACUCAGAAACAGCUUUGUGGGUGAAGUAUUCUUUCCCUGUGCCCAGGUGGCCUCAGAUUCUCUUUCUGGCUGCCUGGUCAGCUACACACGGGAGCUGUCCACCACCAAGAGCAAAGUGCAAAAGAGCCAUAGCUCCCAGGACCUGCUGACUCCAAGCCUUGGGCCUCCCUGGAUGGGGUCCCAGGGACAGCUCUUCCUCCUUCUUCAAUAUCAGGCUACUGCCCAUCGCAUCAAGGUGCUGGUCCGCAAGGCGGAAAACUUGCACAGCUGGGGCCAACUACCAGGACAUCAGGAGCAUUCUGUGGUGAUCGGCCUGUACCAGGCUGGUCAGCUGCUGGACUCCCGAGAGACUCAGGCCAUGGUGGGAUGCAGCCCAGUGUGGAAUGCCCCUUUCCUCUUCAGUCUUCCUGCUGGAGACCUCCAGGAGCAAAGCCUCUUCCUGCAGUUCAUUGUCAUGCAGAGGCACCUGCUGACCCAGACUCUCACCCUGGGCUGGGUCCGAAUUGGUCCGGAAGCCCCAGCAGCCGGGCGUGCACAUUGGUGGGACAUGUGCCAACAUAACCUCCAGGAAUCUGCCAGGUGGCACCCCCUCUGCCCAGGCAAGCCAGACCCUCCCAGGGCAGCAGACUCCAGAUCUGGGACAAGAAACAGUUGA